CGGUCACUCUGAUAGUGUCGUGGCUUGGAUGGGAUUUGCACGGUGCUUGCGGUGCUCGUGAAUUUUAUCAUUAAAACAAUUAUUUAACAAAUAAAGAUGGCCUUUGACGCGAUUCCCAAGGAUCUGCGAGGACUGCGCGCCUGCCUCGUUUGCUCCCUGGUGAAAAGUUUUGAUCAAUUUGAGACUGAUGGGUGCGAAAACUGUGAGGAGUUCCUGCGCAUGAAGAACAACAAGGAUAACGUGUACGAUCAUACGAGCAACAAUUUUGACGGAAUUAUUGCCCUGACCACGCCUACUGACUCCUGGGUGGCCAAGUGGCAGCGACUGGCUCGAUUUACCCGCGGCAUCUAUGCCAUUUCUGUUUCCGGAACUCUGCCGCAGUCCACAUUGAGGGACAUGAAGAAUCGUGGAAUCGUCUACAAAACCCGAGACAGAAGCCAGCGCUAACAAACCUCAUCAACGUACAAAAUACAUUUAUAAUUCUUUAUUUUUAUGUUAUAACAAAACCACGAAUACAUACAAUAGCAAUACAAAACCAGA